AUGGGAGACUCGACCUGUCUCAUGCAACCCUUUUCUUACGCUUCUGGAAUUCCCAAUGAGGCAUUCGAGGGGAAUCCAAUUCAUGCUCUUGGGCAUUCGGUUUCGUUUGGGAGGUUUAUGACAGAUUCAUUAGCUUGGGAGAAAUGGUCAUCAUUCUCUCAUAAUCGAUAUGUAGAAGAGGCUGAGAGGUAUGCUCAGCCCGGCUCAGUUGCACAGAAGAAGGCUUUUUUUGAGGCACAUUACAAGAAGGUUGCUGCUCAACGAGCCGCGGCUUUGCUUGAACAAGCAAAUGCUGCGGCUGCGAAAUCCAACAAUGCUACUCCACCAAAACCCCAAGUCAUUGCCCCAGAUCCACCAAAGUACAUGAUCUGUGAGCAGGAGCUAAGGGAGAAGGUGAAACAGCGAAAUGGACUCCGUUCGAAAGUUGGAUUGGACAAAUUCGAAAGCAUUGAGAUGGUGAAACUAGCUGAUCUUGUCGCUGAAGAGGAGGCUGAAGACAAACAUAGAGAAGAAGCUGUAUUGGUGGAUACCAGUGGGUAUAACUCAAGCAUUGACCCACAAAGAGAAGAAGGAGCUGUAUUUGUGGAUACCAGUGGGUAUAACUCGAGCAUUGAUAUGGAGAACUGUGAAAAAGUGCAUCCUAUCUCUGAAUUCCCAGUUCCAGGGGAGAACUCUGAUGUAGCUGAAUUCUCAACCCCGAUGCAAGAAACUUAUACCCACAAUGUGGAAACUGUCAUGGAGCUCGAGCACAGUGGCACACUUCAGAUGGAAAAACCUCUUUUACAGGAGAGUCGCAGCUCUGAUCAAGAAGCUUCAUUGGAACAAAACAAAACUCUCUUUUCAUCCAAGUCAUCAUUAAUGUAUCACAAAGCACCUAAGGCACCAAUUUCUCCAUCCAAAACCACAGCUCCUUGUUUUCCAAGAAGGGAAGGCAAUGCCACUCCAUUACACAAAGCUUGUAAGGCCCCAACAUUCCCAUCCAAACUCACAACUCCUUGUUUUCCGAGGAGGGAAAGUAAUGCCACUCCAUUACUGAAAGCACCCAAAGCCCCAGCAUCUCCAUCCAAACCCACACCUUCUUGUUUUCCAGGAAGGGAAGGUGCCAUUCCAUUACACAAAGAACGUAAGGGCCCAACAUCGCCAGCCAAAUCCACAGCUUCUUGUUUUCCGAGAAGGGAAGGUAAUGCCAUUCCAUCACACAAAGCACGUAAUGGCCCAGCAUCUCCAGCCAAACCCACAGCUUCUUGUUUUCCGAGAAGGGAAGGUAAUGCCACUCCAUUACAUAAAAUGCUGUCAUCAGCUUCGGAGGACAAGAAAUCUUCUACACCAAAAUCGCUUCAAAAGUCUGUCAGUUUUACACCCAUCAGAGAGCUCUCUAGAUUUACUUCAACAGUCAUGAGAAAGAUUGAGAACUCAAGAGUUGGUACUAGUUCUUUCAAGACGCCUAAGGAUUGCUCAACUCUUCUAAAGACUCCAACCAUGGUAUCUAAAAAUGAGGUGCACAAUCAUCCUUCAGUAACUCCUUGUUCAGGAAAGAGAAGGGCAAAAACGCCAGGCGAUCCCUCAUCAGUCACUGGAGCGAAAACCUUGGGGCCCAAAUGGCACACAAUCCGUACAGAUUGCUCAAAAAUUUUGAGUGCCUGCAGAAACAAAGCACGAUCUCCAUUUUCAUCUGCCUCCUUCAGCUUAAGAACUGAAGAACGAGCUGCAAGUAGAAAGAAGAAGCUCGAAGAAAAGUUCAAUGCUGAUGAGGCACAACAAGUGCAGGAGAAAGCAGAAAUAGAAAUUAGAAAGUUCCGUCAAAGCCUUUGCUUCAAAGCCAGGCCACUGCCUGAUUUUUAUAAAGAAAGAAAAGCACCACACAAGGAUGAGGUUCUGAAUACUAAUUCACAGACGGUAGCGAAAAAGCAUAGUCCACGAGGCGCAAUCUCUGUACCUCCUCAUGAUCCUUCAUUCAAGAGUAGUGGCUCCAAGCAUGUGCAGAUCCAAGCAAGGAAUAAGGAAACCCCAACUUGCUCACUCAUUACACGAUCCUUAAAGACCGUCCAUGAGAACACAUCUCCAAAUAUUCAGUCCUCCUGAGCUUAAUCCCCUUUACUUUUAGAGAUAGGGUUGAUCACACCUCAUACCAAAAUUGAUUUGCCAGACUACGGAAAUAUGCUUAAAUGUGUAUUGAGCAAAUUCAUACAUGUAUGAAGUGUGUAGUAGACAAAGAUUGCAAAAUCUCUUUAGUUACCUGUAUCAAUAAUUUUUGUUAGUCUAGGACUUUUAUUGGUUAUGGAAGCCAGCGGUCAUGUGGAAUUGCCAUAUUGCCAUCUGGAUA